AUGCCCAAGUCAUUAGCCAAGCUCCAUGUUGGAUCAUGCGUCUCCUUUCUUCCUCGCGCUCUUCCCAACUUUAUGGCUGCAGCUUCUCUUCAAACUCUGAAGGCGAGUAAGACGCGUCUUUUUGGAACGAUCCGAGCCAUCCAUCAAGUCGAGAAUAGCACGAGCAAAGUAGCUGUUAUUGCUGUAGAUGGUUUCGAGGCCUUAGAAAUAAAGGUCAAGCUUGGUAAUUUGAGACUUGAGAUAUCUGGUUCGACGCAUGACACUGUUAAUGUGCCUGAAACACCUGCGGGACUCGUGGACUACGAAAGCGAUCAGAGCGAUUCCUCAAACGAUAAUGAUGGUGAUGAUGUCGAUGUCGAUGGCCAUGAUGAAGGCGAAAGUGCUGAACAGCAAUGGAUUGAUGAAGAAGUCCGAAUCGAUGCUCGUAUCUCUGGUGGUGGUUACAGACAAGCACUGGUUUUUACGCUCCCUAAUCCUGGUUCUUGUUCAGCACUAGAGUUUUUCAAGCAUUUCUUACCGACCGAUUACAUUGAGCAACAUGUGAUUUAUGCAAUCAAUUGUUAUGCAGCUUUGCUUGAAAUCGAGUACUGGAAGCAACUUACCAUGGGUGAAUUCAUGCUGUGGAUUGGUUUAUGGACCAUCAUGGCUAUCGCACCCUUCCCCAAUCGAAGGAAGUAUUGGGAAACGAAGCCCAGCUUUCUUUUUUCCAAGGCAACGAAUUUUGGUAAAUGGAUGAGCAAACGAAGAUUUGACACCAUCCUCCAAGCCUUGACACUUGAACAUCCCGAUGUCAUUGCUUCUACUUCAUCCACUGAUCCACUUGUUGCUAUCCGUAGCUUUGUAAAGGCGUACAACGAUAACUUUGUGUGA